UCCAGUCACCGCCCCGCCCCCCUCCAGGCCCGGCCCCAACAUGGAGGUGGCGGCCGCUGCGCUCGAGUCCCACCGCGGCCGCGACCGCUUCCUGCGGGCCCUGGGCUACAGCUCGCGGCUGCUGGGUGGCCUCCUGCAGGCGGCGGGGACAGGCAGUGAUGGCGGCGGCGGGCCCGGGCUGCACCACCCGCUGCUGCGGCUCUCGCAGGAACUCGCCAACUGCAGGGCGACGCUGCGCCUCUUGGACGAUCUCGCCAUGUUCUGCACUCCGGGUACGGCCUGGGCACUGAGCGCGGGGUGGUGUGUACGGCCUGGGGAGGAAGAUGCUGUGGUGCGGUGGCUGUCCGUGGUUGCCAACAUGGCGGAUCAGCUGUACUACCCCUGUGAGCACGUGGCCUGGGCUGCUGAUUACAAAAUCCUCAACAUCCACUCCAGCAAGUGGUGGACUCUUAGUAAUGUGCUCUGGAGUGUGUCACUGGCGCUGGGAGUACUACGGUCCUUAAGAGUUCUGCAACAGCUAAAGAGAAAAUUGAAACAAGGUCGAAGGGAUCACCUUGGAACAGAAGAACUGAAGCAGCUGCACUUGGACCAGGUUCGGAAGCGAGCAGAGACCCUCAACCUCAUCAGCAACCUGAGCGACCUGGCCAACGCAGUGCAUUGGAUGCCACGCGGCAUACUGUGGGCAGGGCGCUUCCCCGAGUGGCUGGUCGGGCUAAUGGGCACCAUCUCUUCCCUGAUCGGUCUCUAUCAGAUGUGGUACGUGAGCAGUGCCAACAAGGACCCAUGAGAAGGUGGCUGCUCAACGUUGACCUGGACGUCCACCUACGACCACACAGGCGGCAACCGAAGUCAGCCUACGUCCACCCGCAACAAGCUACGACAAACAACGACCCUGUCGGCGACGACUGUAGACAGUUCAGUCGCUGGUACCUGUCGCCGGUUGGCAGGUGGCCCUCAAUGGAAUUCCCCGAAGUCAGCACUGGCAACAACCAAUGACACCUGGCGACUACCUGCGCCAUCCUGGUGACAACUUACGACAGGAGAAGACAGGCUACGUCAAGCCCACAGUCGCAUGAAAAUGUCAAAAUCCAGCCGUGACCAGAAAAACAUUAUGACUCUUUACGUGACUUGAGGAGACUACUCACGACCAUACAGGCAUCACCCUGCGACCAUGUGAAAACAGCCUAGUCGCCCGAAAAAAUCGCCUCAGUGGAACGGGGCUUUACUAAUCAAGAUCUGUCAUCAAUCUUUAAAAAUACCCAAAAUGGUAAAAAGGCUGGUCUGUUGCGGCCAUUUUAAUUUUGGGUGCUAUAUUGCAUGUACCCCAUUCGCCUGCCUUCUCCCCAUAAACCAUGACACCCUUACUAAUCAAAUCGUGACAGUAUUUCUCCUCCCUGCUGUUUUACUGAGCACAAAACAUGUUGCGUUUUACACUUUGACUAACAGUCUUCCCCUUCCUUCCUCCAACCUAUAGCAUUGGGUCUCUCGCCAGGGAAAGGACCAUUCACUUCAGAGUUAUUCCAGAGUUAUUCCCCAGGACUAUUCCAGGAAUUUCUCUCCAUGAAGCAAUGGGGUUUUAUAAACUUUCCUCAGCAUCUAUUGGGCAAGAGUUUGCAUCAAGAAGGCAGCAAAUGCCUUGGAUCCGACUUCUGGCCGCACUGUAGAUCAAUGAUUUGCCAGGGACAGGCUUGGAUGUUCAGGGUUUGAUUGCAUUAGGAUUUGGACACAACCAUGAUGACACAAAUCUCGACAAAGACUCUUGGCGGGCCCGCUUUCCAGGGGAAGAAGAGCAGCCCAGGAAUAAAACUCGGCAGCCUGUGAUUAUAAUAGCUGAUUCUGUUUUAUUUGUCAGUUGGGUAAAGUGUUUUGUUUAUAUUUAAAAAAAAAACAGGCACUGAAAUAAAAUAAGAUGGCAGAAAUGUUUGGAAGGUCAGACAGCAUCUGUGGGUAGAGAAACAGUUAGCAUUUCAGGAGGCAUAAGGAACUGCAGAUGCAGUCGUCUUGAGCGAAACACAAGAGUGCUGGAGCAACUCAGCGGGUUAGGCAUGGUGACACAGUAGUAGAGCUACUGCCUUACUACGCCAGAGACCCGGGUUCGAUCCUGACUAUUGGCGCUGUCUGUACGUAAUCCCUGUGACCUCGUGGGUUUUCUCUGGGUGCUCCGGUUUCUUUCCACGCUACAAAGACGUACACUUUUGUAAGUUAGUUGUCUUCUGUAAAAUUGUAAGUUAUCCCUGGUGUAUGAAGGACAUUGCUCGUGUACGGGGUGAUCGCUGGUCGUCACUGACUCGGAGGGCCUGUAUCUCCAAAGUCCAAAGGGAGUGUCUGGAGAGAAAUGGGACCCAAAACGCCACCUAUCCAUUCCUUCCACAGAUGCUACCUGACCUGCUGAGUUGCUCCAGCACUCUGUGUUUUGCUCAGUAUCUGGUCUUGCACCAGAAAGGCUUGCACUUAAAACAAUACAUGUGUAGUUUUGAUUGUCACCAGAGUCCAGUUUUGUGGUGAAACUCAUUGUUAUUGUCUAGAAGACAUCCUUCCAGGAACCACAUCCUCUGUUGCAACGUACUGAAGUAACACUGAGAAAAACUGGACUAUAUUACAGCACAGAGUUUGCAUUUCAGAGGAACUCAAAAAACAGGAAACCGACAACGGAUAUAACAGAAUGAUAAAGCCGAAUUCACGAAUUAAAGAUGUCGGAGGAUUUCAAAUUCUAAAUGCUUUUCUUCUACUUUUCAAUAAAAAAGCCUUAUUUUAGAU